UACUACUUUUUUAGUGUUGCUGUCAAGACACUGAUAGCCGGGCGGUCAUUAAAUGUCUGCACAGUAGCUAAUUGUUGGACAUAAACCGUCGUUACUUGUAAAACAAGUAGAGGAUUGACAGAUAUUACCACCGGCAGUCAUGUCGUACUGCAAGCAAGAGGGUAAAGAUCGCAUUAUUUUCGUUACCAAGGAAGACCAUGAAGCGCCCAGCAACGCUGAGCUCAUUGCAGAUGACCCCAAUGACCCCUACGAAGAUCAGGGCCUGAUCCUGCCCAGUGGGGAGAUCAACUGGAACUGUCCAUGCCUGGGAGGGAUGGCUAGCGGGCCCUGUGGGACACAGUUCAAGGAGGCCUUCUCCUGCUUCCACUACAGCAAUGAAGAGGUGAAGGGUUCAGAGUGUAUCGACAACUUCCGUGCUAUGCAGGAGUGUAUGCAGAAGUACCCCGAGCUCUACCCCCAGGAGGAUGAGAACGAGGGAGCUGACGGUGCUGCCCCUCCCCUCGUUGAUUCUACUGCCCCUGUGCCCACCGAGGACUCUUCCCCAGCCUCAGUGCCCUCUAGUAACUCUACCCCGUCCCCACCAACACCUGAAUCUGCCCCGUCAUCCGACAAUACACCACCCACAGACAGCCAGGCUGCCAGCUAAAAUCACCCAGCAUCCCCCAGUCUCUCUUAAACCACUGCUGAGCACAGGCCACUUUCAUGGGAGAUCAGCUGUGUGUUCACUGGUGCCUCAGACUUUAUCUCUUGGUUCAACGUUCAUCACAAAGGAUAAUGACUUUAAAGGGGGCCUAGUACUGCAGAGGAGUUAUGUCUCUUCCAGGGAAUAUCAGUUAAUGCUGUGAGAGGAGGACAAUACAAAAUACAUUUCAUAGGAUUUAUUGUAGUGGUUGUUGAGCUCCUGAGGUUCCUACAGUGCCAAGUUUGUAGAGAGGGGGGGGUUGUUUUCUGCAGGGGACUUUAGUUAAGACUCGCAACCAACAUAUUUUUCUGCUUAUCAAGCUUCAAAUCAGAUGUGUUGUGCCAUUCUACGUUAAUGCUACACUGGAGGUGUGUAACCUACUGUCAAUGUUACUGUUACUGGUCGUUUGUGAUUACUUGACUUCAUGUUUGUGCUUGACGGAUCAUAGUAAGCAAUUGAGCUAGUAUUAAAGCUUGAUUACUCUUGUUCUCA